GGGGUUUCCUGUCGAUCAGGUGACCGGAAAUGACUGAUCAGCUGGAACAUGGCGGAGGAGCAACCACAGGAGAUCUCUCAAAAAGAUGCUGCUGGGCUGAAUUGUCUUGCAUAUGAUGAGGCAAUAAUAGCACAGCAAGAUAAGAUUCAGCAAGAGAUAGCCACCAGUAUCCCUCUGGUGUCGGAAAGACAGGACCUUGCUGUCCUUAAAAGGGACUAUGCUAAAGAUGAUGCCAUUUACCAGCAGAAGAUAAGAGAUUUGCAAAAGAAGUACUCAUCUAUACGCAAAACACGACCUGAUGGAAACUGUUUCUACAGAGCAUUUGGCUUCUCACAUCUGGAGUCUUUACUUGAAGACAGCAAAGAAUUACAUAGGUUCAAGGCAAUUGCUGCUAAGAGUAAACUAGAUUUAGUGAGCCAAGGUUUUACAGAAUUCACCAUUGAAGAUUUUCAUAACACGUUCAUGGACCUGAUUGAGACAUGUGACAAGCAGCCAUCUGUAGGGGAGCUGCUCAGCUCAUUCAAUGAGCAGAGUGUGUCAGAUUAUUUGAUUGUGUAUAUGCGGCUGGUAACCUCGGGCUACCUGCAGAGAGAGGAAGACUUUUUCCAGCAUUUCAUAGAGGGCGGCCGCACUGUUCGAGAAUUUUGCCAACAGGAGGUGGAGCCCAUGUCCAAAGAGAGUGACCAUAUUCACAUCAUAGCUCUGGCUCAGGCCUUUAAUGUGUGCAUCCAAGUGGAGUACAUGGACAGAGGAGAGGGAGGAACAGUCAAUCACCACAUCUUCCCUGAAGAUGGAGAGCCCAAGAUUUUCCUCCUCUACCGACCUGGCCACUAUGACAUCCUCUACAAAUAGUAGCUAUGCACCUGUUUGCUGCUAAAUCACAGUGCUGUGGGUUUGACUCAACAUUAAACCUGUGAAAUGUGAACACGAGAGCCCAGCACUCUGCAUUGCAAUUCCCUCUCAAAACCCCAAAGACUUGUAUGCAGAGGCACUGGGCAUUGUACAGUCUUCUUUGGAUAUCCUGCAUUUUUUUGCUAGCUGUAUAUACAAUAUAUGGUUAUAAUUUCAUUUAGUUUGAUUCUUAUAGUUUAAAAUUGCCUGUGCUUUAUGAUAGGAGUGGAAUUGCUUUAUCCUGUUUGACUGUAUUUGACUUUAAUGAGAAUAAAAACAACU